GAGAGAGAGAGAGCUCUUUAAAUCCACCUGUUAGCCGGCAUACAUUCUUGCGCCUUCUGUUUGAGAAGGUGAAGAGAUCGCCAGGACCGUGUGUUAGUGCGUUAACUCAAAGUUCUGCAUUUCGAAAGUCGUCACCGAGCACAGUCUCCAUCUUUAAUGGAUUAUCAUUGCCGACGACACCAUAUGGGACGAUGUUAAUGCAUCAUUUGCUUAAUCGUCCACAAAUGGCUUGAUCUCGCAGGGACUUCGCAACACAGUGCUGCAACUCGCUCAAAAUCGACAAACCACUGGACUUUUUUUUAUUGUUUUUUUAUUGAUUCGUGAAUAUGGGAAAGCGACUGCACUGAACUAGACUCGAGGUUUGCAACACAUUUGUUGCAAAUAUUUUGAUGAAGAACACGAUGCGCUCCCUCUCGCGUGCCCCGUAACUGCUUCCAUUCAUUCAUUCAGUCCAGUUUGGCUCGAGCACCGUCUUCUCUCCUGGAGAUUUUCCUUCCAGUUUCCUCUCAAUUAUGUUCACUUUCGCUGCCUUUUGUUAUAUGCUUUCCCUUGUCCUCUGUGCUUCUCUCAUCUUCUUCGCGAUCUGGCAUAUAACAGCCUUUGAUGAGCUUCAAGCAGACUUCAAGGUGCCGAUCGAUCAGGGCAAUCCACUUCACGCGCGUGAAAGACUGCGAAAUAUUGAGAGGAUUUGCUGCCUGCUGAGAAAGUUGGUCCUUCCAGAGUACUCUAUCCAUGGGCUCUUCUGUAUCAUGUUCCUGUGUGCUCAGGAGUGGCUUACUGUCGGCCUGAAUAUCCCUCUGCUCUUCUACAACACAUGGAGCAGGUACUUUCAUAGCCCCACAGACACUAAGGAGCUUCUCUACGAUCCAGCGUCGGUCAUGAAUGGAGACACACUCAAAUUCUGCCAAAAAGAGGCCUGGUGUAAGAUGUCCUUCUUCGUCCUCUCAUUCUUCUACUAUCUCUACUGUAUGAUCUACUCCUUGGUGACCUCAUAACAGAGUUCUCAACACUGCUCAUAAGACACUGUUUUCCAAAAGCUCUAAACUAGAUUUGGAUGAAACAAGAGCACCGCUAGACACAAGUUCAACACACUGCAGUGUCUGAACCUACAGAGAAGACUUGACCCCAUCUUCCCAGAGUAUCUGAAGAAGCCAGUGUCGUUUACAGAUCUGACUCAACGCCCUAGAUGUCUCAUGGACCUGGUGUGAUGCGCUUUUCACAAGCUCACAGUAACAUUUGCACAGAUUGUCUCAGGCAUAGCACAACAUGUCCUUUUCCACUUUGAGGCACAAAACCUGCCAACCUUUACACUCACUAUAUGUAGCUUAUUAGGUUCAAACAAAUGAAAGGAAACUAUGGCUAACUUGAUCAGAGAAUGUUUCAUUUUUACCAGUCACACACUAGGCCACUGAGUUUGAAUACAUGUGAGAAGCUUUUGUGAUAUAUUUUAUGUGUAUCUGUGCACUCCUAAAAUAAGCAUUUUUUAAUAUGAAAUACAUAUCUGUUGCAUUACUUGUGUACAUAGAGUACUUUGUGUAAUGCUUUUAUGUGUUAGUGUCAGUUGGUUGAGAUGUUUUGGGACUUUAUAUUUACAGUUGCUGAUAUUGAGGAUUAAUUUAAGAAAACAAGAGCCACUUUUCAACAAUUUUGCACAAAGUUGUUAUGAGUUUGCACAGUAGAUACAGUUAUUGGUUGUGGUGGAAAAAGAAGUCAUAUUUAUAUACCCAGUACGAGUCUUCCAAUAUAUUACAGUGCAUCAAACAAGAUUUGAAUUUUAGGGAAGAAAUCAAAACCACAGCUCAUGAUCUACGAAUUUCACUUUCUCAUUUUGUAUUAUUGUUAUUAUAUUAACUGUAUUACUGUUAUACGACAAGGUCAGCUGAAACAAUACUGAAACAAGAUAUUUAAGGAACCAUCGACAGUUUCUUCAAUCUUUUUCUCU